UCUUUUGCAGAAAACCCCUUCGAUCCUCCGUUCUCUUCGAUCCACACCCUGCAUUGCAGUUCACUCCACUGCCCUCCUCCCAUCUCCGGCGAUGGCCGGCCGCCUCCCCGGCGCCGCCGCAUCCUCGCCCCUCCCCCGCGCGCUCCUCCUCCUCGCAGCUCUCGCGCUAUUCUCCCUCUCCUUCCUCUCUCUCCGUUCCCUCCGCCCCGCCGCCGCCCCCUCGCUCGCCGUCGACAAAUCUCGCUCCCUCCCGUCAUCCUCGCGCCCGUCGGUGUACCACUCCCCUGAGGCGUUUGCUGCGGGGUACUCGGAGAUGGAGAGGAGCUUCAAGGUGUACAUCUACCCGGACGGCGACCCCAAGACGUUCUACCAGACGCCGCGGAAGCUCACGGGCAAGUACGCCAGCGAGGGCUACUUCUUCCAGAACAUCCGCGAGAGUCGCUUCCGCACCGAUGACCCCGACCAGGCGCACCUCUUCUUCGUCCCCAUCUCGCCUCACAAGCUGCGCGGCAAGGGUAUGUCAUAUGAGAAUAUGACGGUAAUAGUUAAGGACUAUGUGGAAGGCUUGAUAAACAAGUAUCCUUACUGGAACCGGACACUUGGAGCAGACCACUUCUUUGUUACCUGCCAUGAUGUAGGCGUGAGAGCAUUUGAAGGACUUCCAUUCAUGGUGAAAAACUCUAUUAGAGUUGUAUGUUCGCCAAGCUAUAAUGUUGACUUUAUACCACAUAAGGAUAUUGCUCUUCCUCAAGUACUACAGCCGUUUGCUCUACCUGAAGGAGGAAAUGAUGUUGAGAACAGGACGAUUCUUGGAUUUUGGGCUGGCCAUCGCAAUUCCAAAAUAAGAGUUAUUUUAGCACGAUUCUGGGAGAAUGACACAGAGCUUGCUAUCAGCAACAAUCGGAUUAGUAGAGCUAUUGGGGAUCUAGUUUAUCAGAAGCAGUUUUACCGCACUAAGUUCUGUAUCUGUCCUGGUGGCUCUCAAGUUAACAGUGCCCGUAUAUCUGACUCAAUACACUAUGGUUGUGUCCCUGUUAUUUUGUCAGACUACUAUGAUUUGCCUUUCAAUAAUGCCCUUGACUGGAGGAAGUUUGCGGUUAUACUUAGGGAGAGAGAUGUAUAUCAACUAAAGAGUAUUCUGAAAUCCAUAUCACAGGAGGAGUUUAUUUCAUUACAUAAAUCUCUAGUUCAGGUGCAGAAACACUUUGUGUGGCAUUCGCCUCCUGUUUCCCACGAUGCAUUCCACAUGGUUAUGUAUGAACUAUGGCUGCGGCAUAAUGUGAUCAAGUACUAAAGCCUAUUCACUUGUGAGUUUUGGUCACUAACCUAAACGACUGAUCCAUCAGAAAGAUAUUGCCAAGCCUGACAGCCUGCUGGUGCUACCUUGAAUACAGCCUUUUGUUCUUUGCUCUCAGAAUCUCCAGCUGGAUGGAUCAUUGAAUAUAAUGGGUAACUACCAUGGCACAGUGGAGAGCAUCUGAAUGAUAGUAGGCCAUCGUCGAGCAUAUAUCAUGAAACUGGAGUCCUAGUUAAUAGAUGGAUUAGUUAAUUCUUUCAACAGUAGUUGGUUUUCCCCCAUACGGCAAUCUUUUUCCUCCAGAUGUCUUUUAUAUUUCAUGGAUCUGCCUGGUUGAUCGCAUGUGGUUUCUCAUGCAGUUUUUGUGUUCAGGCUUGUAAGUAAUGUACUAUAUUAUUGAAGAAAAACAGAACUUAAUUCCAUCUGACAGAA